AUGCCCUCGGCAACUCCCUGGAGCAAGCCUAACACCCAUAGUCGCCCAAUUGCGAUUAUCGGGGCCGGCACCAUGGGCCGGCGCAUUGCCAUGAUGUGGCUUGCUGCAGGAUACAAUGUAAUCCUGUGUGAAAAACAGACGAGCAACCACGAACCGGCCCUCCGGUAUAUCAAAAGUAACGUGGAACAGCAGGCCGCCAAACUGGGCACCAAGCCGGGCACCGGCAGGUUCACCACUUCGAUGGAAGAAGCCGUCGAAGGCGCCUGGAUGGUUAUCGAGGCCGUUCCGGAAAUUAUCGAAAUGAAGAUCGACAUUAUCGGCCAGCUGGAUCGUCUGGCACCGGCAGACUGCAUCAUCGCCACGAACUCCUCAUCACUGCGCUCGAGCCAAAUGCUCGUCAACACGAAAAGAAACUACCGCAUCUGUAACGGUCACUAUUACAUGCCACCGGAGCAACUCUACUUUGAGUUGAUGUCGUGCGGAGAGACCGAUCCGGAAAUCUUUCCAUUCUUAAUGGAAAAGGCCGCCGCCGCAGGUUUCAAGCCUGUGCAUGCGAAGAGCGAGUCCACCGGCCUGGUGUUCAAUCGAAUCUGGGCUGGCAUCAAGCGCGAGUGUCUGUCAGUCUUGUCCGAGGGGAUUACCAACGCUGCGACCAUCGAUGAGAUGUUCAAGUCAUGGUUUCAAGCGAACAAAGGCCCUUGUCAUAUGAUGGAUACUGUGGGAUUGGACACGGUCUACAAUAUUGAAACUGUCUAUGCCAGGGAACUUCAUACAGAUCCACGACCCAAGGAUUGGCUGAAGACUACGUACGUGGACAAGGGCAACUUGGGUGCUAAAACUGGGAAGGGAUUACUGGGAUAG